CCCGGACCGUUUCCUCCUGUAGAUGGUGAACUGAUCAGUAUAAAUGGAGGAGACACUUUUAACAGAACUCAGACUUUACCCAACAAAGACAAGGUAGGCCAUAUGUGCUGAAUGCUUGUAGAACAUAAUAACCCUAUCAUACAAAUAUAAUGUAAUUUCAUGGCUGCUUAUGAGUCCAACGAUUUACAUUAUUUUAAUAUGAAAAAAUAUGUGUACAACUUGAAUCGUUAGAUUUUACGUAAACAGCUCGCAUGUUAAAGUUGGAAUACCAAACUACCCUAAUGAUUUUAUAUAGAGCGCUUCGUGGUGCUGUUUGUCUGCAAUUCAGCUGCAAAACCUGCUGCUGUUAUGUCUUUUGAAAGAAGGCAAUUAGUGAUGUCAUAGGUCUAAGCUGUUCUGUACCUGAAUUGAAUCAGCAGUCAACAUGGCUAGUUCGCUACCUCGGGUGUAUAGCUGGUAUCAUCCUGCCGUGAUCUAACAUCUGCAGCAGCUCCUGACAUUGAAUGCAGUCAGAAAAGGCGCUGUCCGUGGUUCUUGACUAUGUGUUGACAAUACCUGGUUUCUGUAUUUCAUUCUGCGGUGAAUCAAACUCGUUUCUUUAAUUCAUGAUUCAUUCUUAAGAUGGGACUGUUUGAGUAUAGCGAGUACACUCUGAAAUCAAAAUCGAAGUCAUUUUAUUUCUGGAUAUAUUGUACAUUAAGCGAUUGAAAAAAAUCAUCUUUAAAGUUUUCGCACUCUAGAUAUUGAAAUACAUGUUUAAACCAGACUUCAUAUAAUUUAUCACACUUGAAAUUAUAUGCCUAUGUAAUACAAUGGAUUGUAUUUGUAUACAUAUAAUUCACCACAUGAUGUCGCAUGAGACCAUGAAUGAAAGUUUUUGUACUUCCAAAACUCCUCCCUGCAUGGGAAAAAAUGAAACCGCGUCAUCGGCCAUUAGUACACCCGUGGAAGGUGUCGUGGCGAGAAGGACAGGAGCUUCCCGCAACAAUAUUUCUCUGGACGGAUGUAUCUGUACCGAGGAUAGAUGAUCGAUUGGGUUCGGGUCUUUUGUUGCAUCAACAAUGUAUUUUCGACGGAAAGAGGAAUGCGGCUGGAUUCACAUUGUUGUGUUUCUUUGUCUUUGCAACUGGGCGGCUUCGCAGUUAUCCUACUCGAUUUCCGAGGAGGUGGACAAAGGCACCGUGGUGGGGAACCUUGCAAAGGAUUUGAACAUCAAUUUACAGGAACUAGCGACCAGGGACUUACGUGUUGUUUCGAGUUACAGUAAGAAAUAUUUUGACGUGAAUUUGCGGACCGGGAACAUCUUUGUUGAUGAACGGAUAGACAGAGAGGAGCUUUGUCCGAGUGUGGUUAAAUGUUCGAUCAAAAUACAAGCCGUUUUAAACAAUCCGAUGAGUGCGCACCGCAUAGAGGUCAAUGUUUUAGAUAGAAACGAUAAUUCGCCGGCAUUUAUUGAAAAAGCGUGUUCUUUGAAUAUUUCAGAAUCAUCUUUAACUGGAGAACGAUAUCUUCUCCCAAUAGCAGAAGACGCAGACAUAGGCAGUAACUCAGUAAAGAGCUACAAGCUGAGCCAAAAUGAAUAUUUCUCGCUUGAUGUACAGAGCGGUGGAGAUCACGGAGUGUCUGCUGAGUUAGUGCUGCAAAAAGCUUUAGAUCGAGAGAAACAGUCGGUGAUCACACUUCUGUUGACGGCUGUGGAUGGAGGUAAACCUGCUAGAUCGGGAUCUUUACAAAUACGUAUUAAUGUAUUAGAUGUAAAUGAUAAUAUUCCCAUUUUUAGCAAAUCGCUGUAUAAAGUACGUGUACCUGAAAAUACUGCUCAUGGAACAGUGGUAAUGAAGUUAAAUGCAACAGAUUUAGACGAGGGCAUGAACAGUAAGAUCCUGUAUUCAUUGAUAAAACGAGGAAAUACAGAUCCGUCAAAUAUUUUUGAUCUAAAUUCAGAAACAGGAGAAAUCACAGUGAAG